GUCCGACUCCUCUCUCUCUCUUUACCUCUUUCUGGUCUCUCAGCGACGUGGGUUUACUCGUCUGGUUAUGCCUGCGCGAUGGACUCUUCCCCAGGCCCGUCGUGCCGCCACGGCUUCACCCUGGACGAAAGAACUCAGACACCUCGAGCCUCUACCUAAGCACUGGUCAGACCGGAGGAAAGUCCCAGGUGCACUCCAAAAUGUUACGAGGCCAAAGGACCGCAUAAAAUGGUGGAAUAUUGUUCCCGGAGAUCAGGUCAAGAUCAGGAAUAGUCGAAUAAAUGAGAUUCUGGAGGUUGCGCAGAUCAACAAGUUGACGAACAUGGUUUACUUGAAGGGUCGACAAAAUCAGGAAGAAUACGAACAGGUGCAUUAUUCUAAGCUCCAACUCUUCCUUGGCGAACGCGAGUUUCCUCCAGCUCGCGACUCAGAUAAACCACGCACUGUCCCUGUCUUUGCGAAACGCCUGGGUACCUCAGCACCAGUAUGGAAUAAGGAGGAGGGUCGCUUCGACUGGGAGAGGUUCGCUGCGGCGACAGAGCCUCCAAUCCCGGGACGCAAGAAGACUGAAUCCCGUAUGAACAUCCCUUGGCCUAGAGAGUCAGCGCCUUCAAAGACAGAACCUUCUGCAUACGACACCCUGGCGGAGGAUGUUCUGGAGAUCACGUAUCAGCCUGCUCCACUACCCGAACUAAAUGAAUCAGCCGAAUGGCCCGACUACUCAUUCGAGAAGCCCUACAUCGCAUCUCUGUUCAAUCCUAAAGCUCAGCCGUAUGAUCCAACCGCCCCCGUCGAAACCCAUCUCAACAAAGAACUUUCGAACCGCCACUCUCGUGCCAAGAAACAGGCACGUUGGCAAGCCCGUCGCACUAGCAGGCGUGCUGCCAUGCAGGAGUACAUUGAUGCCGAAGUCAAGAAUUUGGGUGGCAGAUCGGUGAAAGAGGCGAGGGUGGACGGGAUAUUCAAGUGGAACGAACGGAUGAGAGAGACCGAGAAACAGCUGAAGAAGCUGAGGUGGAGGGACACCUGGAGGAUGGGUAGGAAGAAGCUUAGGAAGAUUAGGAAACAGAGGAGGGAUACGGAGAGGUUGAGGAAGUUGGUAUUGGAGCCUGGGCCGAACCAAUUUAUCCCUCCUGAUGUGGAGACUGCGUAGCUCUUUGCUUUAGAUUGUUGUUACUGAAUACUUCGCAUAAUCUUUUCCACUGCUCAGUUGAGCUCCUUUGCUUUGAAAAC